AUGAGAUCUCCCGAUUGCCUUCUAUCCCAAAACGGCCUCUCCUAAUGUCUCCCUUCCCUCGUUAUAUAACCCCGCCAGCCAACCCGGCUCCACAAGGUCGCACUCAAUCGCUCAUCCGCCUUCUUGUAGCACAUCCUCCGCCGUUCCUCUCCAUAUAACACACCCCAGUGCUCCCAUGUCUUCCUCCCCACAAAUCCUCUCGACGCCCGCCAUGCCCACCCCACCCGUCCUCCCGCGUCGCGCCUCUGCACUCAACACCCGCCUCCACGUCCGCCCAGAGGAGCCGCCCAUCCCACCCCGCCUCAUCGGCUCUCCUCUCCUCGAGAAGCUCAUGACUUCCCCAUCGACGUCGCCCAGGAGCGCGCAGGAGAUGUGGAUAGAUGGGGACGAGUUCAGCGUACGCAAAAACGGACACGCCGUGCUCAGCAGCGCGCCCACACAGCCGCAGCACAACACGCGCUAUGCAGCACAUCCAUCAUCCAUCCCAGCCUCGUUCGCCGCUGCAGGUGUCAAGCUCGGGUCGCCAACGGGCAAGAGGUGUGUGACCCCCGCUGGCGCCUACGGUCUCCCCCAGCUCACCCAUACCUCUCCCAGCUCGCGUCCCAUCGCUACCUAACAUCCCGCCCCCGCGGCGCUUUCCAUCUCGAGUCCAAUUGUCGCACAUGAGCUAAAACGCCUUGUGAUGCAAACGACGCCCACCUCUUCGCGCCGGAGCUGUACGUCAUAGCAAGGGCAAGAGGGUGUUUCCACGCCCCAUCACAAACAUCCCCUCCCUCUCCGAUAGCACGCGCCAUCUACGACGCACGUAGCAUCGUCAUCGACGCCUGCCAGUCACCUGGUCGUUCGCGCGCUAUCGUGCCCUGCUGGCAUCCCUUGGCGACCGUUUUAGGAGUGUCCCGCACCCCUGUUGGUCGUCGCACCAAGUCUAUGCCUUGAUCGGCUCGCCUCCCGCGCGCUAGCCCCUCCUAUCUGCGCAGACGCGACCGACACCGGUGCUUCGCACCAACGGAUAUCACACUUAGAAAAAUGUUUUCUGCUUCUGUCGCAUCCACAUUGGUUUCAUCGCAGCAAAUUCCUCACUUCCCAUACAUCUCUUUUUGGCACUUGUCUCACGGGCUGUGUAUAUAUAGUCUUUUCUGGCUUCUUCGCUGCGCACACGCUUUCUUGGGCUUGGUGUACACUCUUAACUUCAGGCAAUCUCCAUCCCCUGCCUUUCUCGUGCACAUUCAUGACGAGCUUUCUCCGUCUGCUGCAUCGCGCCCCAUUUGUCCACGCUGCUCAUCAUCAUCGCCGCUCGUCAUUCCCCCAAGUCGGUUCCCCCCUCGGCUUCGUGCCCUCGUUCCUCUAUCAAGUCUUCUUCAUAUCGUCCUCCCUUUACAUAUGCCGGGAGGCAUCUCUUCUUUGACGUCCCUAACACCCCAACCUCUUCGGACAGCACGAGAUCUUCUCCACCUGUCCUGGAGUCAUCUGACGGUCGGACUCUGUACACAUUGGCUUUGCAUUAUUAUUACACGGACCGAUGCUUGGCUGUAGUGUAGAGACGUACUGUAGUAACUUGAGAGUAAUCUCACUCACCUGCGUUUGAGACGCCGAAUCUUGCUCAUGCUGUGGAGCGAACGUGUUCGUGGGCUGUGUGCUGCGCAGGACGCAUGUUGUC